UGGUAGAGUUGCUACUCUUUGCCUGAUUUUGCAUUUUUCACGACGUAGGACGAGCAAAGGGCCCUGAAUACUGUCUGGUAUUAUGACUGCGAAUGCGGGCUCGUUCCGCGUAAUUGGUGGGUGGGGGAGCCCAAGAACCUGCGCAAAUCUUAUACGUCGAACCCGAACCUUUUCAUUCGCAAAGCCUGCGGAGAGAACGGCCGAGCAGUUGACGCCCACCGCCUCGUGGCGUUAACAUCGUUCUUGGUCGAGCAGCCAGAAGUUCGGACGGCGUCGCUCACUGAGAAGCUUAUAAGGAUGGUGUUGGACGGCUACACCGUCGCCACUCCCCCAAACUCUGCUGGCCCCGAGAUAAAGAAGAAGAGCUGCCUUUGGGAGCAGCCCUUGCUCGGUGUGGCCAACAGUCUGCUUGUUGCGAAACAGGAUAGCUUCGGUGGACCCGAGGACGCUGCUAUCAAGGACAAGGUCCGCGAGCACUACAAGGCGAUACUCCGCGCAAUCAGGAGAGACCUGCCGAAACUCCUUCCAGCGACAGAGCAUGCAGAUCACCUUCGUUAUACUGUCAUCAAGUUCCUCGUUGCGGUCGGCGAAGGGUGUAAGCUGAACGAGUAAGCCACCCUGCUA